GCCCCGCCCGCUGGGGCUUGCGCUAGGGCACUGAGAAACCAUUCAAGCUCUCUCUCGAAUUUUAGGGUUUUUCGAUCUCUUCCCCUUUGUUCUUAGCCCUUUUCAGCACCCUUGAAUCCAUUGCUUCUUAUCUUAUGUUUCCCCGAUCGAUCUGCGAGGCGGGAUUGGUAGUGUUCUUGGACAAUCGCUGAGAAAAAGCUUUGUGAAUGAGUGGUGAAUUAUCUUUUCUGUGUGGGUUAUGGUACAACCUGAACGUACGUUCUGAAUCUGAUGAGCUAUACAGGCUACAGAUGGAGCCUAGACCAAGCCUCUUUCCAAGUCUCAUGCACAUCAAUGCAUACUAGAUGUGACACAAUAAAUUGUACAAGCGGAUGUGGGAGAGAGAGAGAGAGAGAGAGAGAGAGAGAGAGAGAGAGAGGAAUGAGACACAUGACAACCCAUUUGGGCCUUUGGCUCUACAUGCACAUUUUAGACAGGGAUUUUGUUCUCUGCCAAAAUGAAGGAGUUCUGGACUUCAAUAGCAUCACUACUGGGCGCCUUAGCUUUCUUCCAAAGCAUUCUCCAAGCCGUGUUCCCACCCCAACUCCGUUUCACCAUUGCUAAGCUCUCUCACCGUCUCUUCCACUGCUUCUCCUCCUACUGCUACUUCGAGAUAACUGAAACCGAUGGCGUGAACACCAACGAGCUCUACAACGCCGUUCAGCUUUACCUUAGCCGCUCUGCCUCCGUGUCAGCUAGCCGGUUGAGCCUUAGCCGAGCUCUCAACUCGUCUUCCUUCACUUACUCCCUCUCUAACAACGACCAACUUGUUGACACCUUCAAUGGCGCCACCGCCACCUGGGAACACGUCGUCACUCAGCGGCAAAAUCCAUCCUUUUCCUGGCGUGCCAUCCCUGAUGAGAAGCGUGGCUUCACCCUCUCCAUCAAGAAGAAGGACAAACCUAUUAUUCUUCAAUGCUAUCUCAAUCACAUCAUGCUCACCGCCGCCCAGCUCCGUCAUCUCAACCAAGAUCGUCUUCUUUUCACUAACUCCCGUGGCGGUGCUCUUGACUCCCGUGGCCACCCUUGGGAGUCUGUUCCUUUCAAACAUCCUAGCACUUUUGAUACUCUGGCUCUUGAUCCUGCUCGCAAGCUUGAGAUCCUUCUUGAUCUUAGAGAUUUCGCUGAUGGCCAGGCUUUUUAUAAGAAGACUGGAAGAGCUUGGAAACGUGGGUAUCUUCUUUAUGGACCUCCAGGUACUGGGAAAUCUAGCUUGAUUGCUGCCAUGGCUAACUUUCUUGGCUAUGAUAUUUAUGAUCUUGAGCUUACUGAGGUUCAUUCUAAUUCUGAGCUCCGGAAACUCCUCAUGAAGACUACUCCUAAAUCCAUCAUUGUCAUUGAAGAUAUUGACUGCUCUAUCAAUCUCUCUAACCGGAGUUCUGCUGGGAAGGUGACCGUCCCCUGUUCUGGGCCUGAUUCUGUUGUACAUGGUGUUGAUGAUGUUAAUUCUUCCAAGACUAUUACUUUAUCUGGGCUGCUGAAUUUUACUGAUGGGUUGUGGUCGUGUUGUGGGAGUGAGAGGAUUUUUGUGUUCACGACCAAUCAUAUUGAGAAGCUUGAUCCUGCUCUGUUGAGGUCUGGCAGGAUGGAUAUGCAUAUCUUCAUGAGUUACUGUUCUUUUCCCGCACUUAAGAUUUUGAUGAAGAAUUACUUGGAUUGGGAUUUUGAUGGUGAAGAGAAUGGAGAUGAGGAUGAGUUGUUGAAGGAGUUGGAAGAGGUGGUUGAUGGCGCUGAGAUGACUCCUGCUGAUAUUAGUGAAGUUCUUAUUAAGAACAGGCGAUUUGAGAAGCGUCAGGCUGCAAAAGAGCUCUUGCAAGUGCUGAGGAAACAGAGUGUUGGUAAAAGGAAGAAGAGUAAUGGGAAUGAAGUGAUGAUGGAGGAGGAGCAGGAGAAGAGAGCAUUGGAGAGUCCAAAGGAGGAUGAAGAGACAUUGGUGAACCACAACGAGAAGAAGAACAAUGCCGGUAAGGAUAAGUGAUUAUUCUUAUUAGUGCUUUCUUGAUUUAUGUUCCUUUUUUUUUGUUUUUAUUUGGAAUUGCUAUAGAAUUUGGAAAAAAUGGUUGCAUGAUUUCCAUGACAAGCUUCUGUUUUGUUCUUCUGUUCUCUGCUAACUAUGGACCUUUUUCUUUUCAUUAUAGAAUUAACUUUACAUCUGUUUCUGCAA